AUGAGCGUCCAAAUCGGUGACACAAUUAACGAUUUUGAUGUACUCAACCUCCUCGGGAAAGGCUCGUACGGCAGCGUUUACCGGGCAAAAUCCAAAAAGACGGGUCUGGAGGUUGCCAUCAAAAUGAUUGAAAUGAAGUUCUUGCAAAAAGCGAAGAUGCGCCAGCGUGUGGCUAGCGAAGUAGACAUUCACUGCCGCUUAAAACACCCUUCCAUACUCGAGAUGUACUCUUACUUUGAAGAUGAUAACUAUGUUUACAUGGUGUUGGAGUUGUGCCAUCAUGGGGCCAUGCACGUCUACAUGAAGGAGCGCAAGAUGCCAUUUUCGGAGGAGGAAGCGAGAGACUUCAUGCGUCAGAUAGUUAAAGGAAUGAUCUACUUGCACACUCACGCCAUCGUGCAUCGGGAUUUGAGUUUGUCCAACCUGCUGCUCACCAACAACAUGAAAGUUAAGAUCGCUGACUUUGGCCUGGCCACUCGACUCGAGCACCCCGACGAGAAGCACUUCACCAUGUGCGGGACUCCCAACUACAUCUCCCCUGAGGUGGUCAACCGAGGCGCUCACGGCCUUGCGUCGGACCUCUGGUCGUUGGGCUGCAUGUUCUACACCUUCCUCACGGGCCACCCUCCUUUUGACACCGACACGGCCAAGGACACGCUGUUCAGGGUGGUCAACGGCCAGUACAAAAUGCCUGGGUACGUUUCCCCCCAGGCCCAGGAUCUCAUCCAACAGCUGCUGCAGAAAGACCCCGCCCGUCGGCUCAGCCUGUCGGAGGUGUUGGACCAUCCUUUUAUGACCUGGUCCAAAGAGCUGGGCCGGGGCGACUCCAGCUCCGCCGACAGCGGCAUCAAUACUUUCUCCACGGGCUGCGCCUUCUCGUCGUCGGGAAGAAAUAGCCGUCCGCAGAGGAGGACCGGUCGGGUCGUCGGCCCGAUCCUGCCCGACCACGCGGCGGCCGUUCCCGGUCUGACUCAUUUUGAGGACGGAGAGCACAGUCGCGAGCGACGUCUGCAGCCGCCGCAUCCGCUGCACAGGUUCCGCGACGAAGGGGCGGGAACGGGCGGAGCGCUUUAUGAAGGAGGGACCGAGCAGCCCCACCCCGGCUUCUUACGUAGAGCACACUCGUCAGAUCGCUGCGGCUCCUCCGGACCGAUCCGGGGUCUUUCCAAGCAGGACCGGUGGCACUCUGAAGAAUCUCCGACUGGCUACGGAAGACCGCUCUUCCCCUCGGCCUCCGCUCCUCAUCCCUUCUCUGAACACGGACGGAUACCUUCGCCCCCUGUCAAGCAGCCUGCCAACUCCGCGUACUUGUUGUCCACACAGACGACGCAUCCGCCAAACCUUCCAUAUCGGAAUACGGAGGAAGUGAAUGACUGGCACAAUAAUGAAGGUUCCGGUCGGAGGCCCGUCGACCGGAGCGCUCACUGCAGCGGCGACGCCGGACACGGCUCGUGGACUGAAACGCCCGCGGGCCGGGUCCCUGACCCCCACGGCAGCCUGCGCGGCUUCCUCGCCGCCGGCCCGGAUGUCUUCCAAGGAGAGAAGGUACCCGGAGCCCACCUCCGACCUCUUCACGGCUACCCCUGGUCCCAGCCGCCCGCCGUCAAAGACGUCAAGGAGAAGAAGACGUUGAGAGAGCUCGUCCCGCCUCUGUGUACCACUAGACUGAAGCCCAUCAGACAGAAGACCAAAAACGCCGUCGUGAGCAUCUUGGACACGGGGGAGGUGUGCAUGGAGUUCUUAAAAUGCCAAAAUGGACAGGAGAGGGUGACGGAGGUCCUUCGGAUAUCUCCUGAUGGUUCAGUGGUGACAAUCGAGCAGCCCGGCAGAGGUAAAAGCUUUGCGGUGCUGGACCGGCCGACGUCUCCAACGGAAAAUACUCUCAUUUGCAGCUACGGGGAUCUUCCGGAAAAAUACUGGAAAAAAUACCAGUACGCCGCCAAGUUUGUGCAGCUGGUCAAGUCAAAGACACCCAAAGUGAGCAUUUACACCUCGUAUGGAAAGGUCAUGUUGAUGGAGAACUCCCCCGACGCCGACCUGGAGGUCUGCUUUUAUGACGGCACAAAGAGUCACAAAACGUCGGAGUUGCUCCGCGUGGUAGAGAAGAACGGCAGGUCGCACACGGUGAAGGACGAGGCGGGCCUGAUCGGCUUGAGCGCCGAGUGCAGCGUCUACGCCCGGCUGUCGAACGAGGGCCACGUCUCGUGUCUGAUGCUGGAGGCCACCAUCAAGCAGGUGGAGGGGCUGCGCAACACCGGGAAUGAGAAAGUGACUUUAUUCCCCAUCACCUGCGGAAGGAGGCCCGCGCCCCGCAGCUCUCCACAGUUAUCAUUGCUUCCCUCCCAUCCUUGUCGAGUUUCUCCUCCACGGCCUCCGCAUAUCACUCCCUCAAUGAUCUACGACGAGACCUCCGGGUACACCUCGGCCAUCCUGAGUAAAUGCUCCUCCGCCUGUCAGGAUGUCCUGCGGAACGCCGGCAAGGAAAUUUUCAUCGAAGGCGUGGCCUAUGCCUCGUCGAUGCCCGCAGGUGGCGGAUUUAGUUUGGCGUUCCUGGACGGCAGUCGGCUCCAGCUCACGGACGGGCUCAUCGUGUACACCUCUCCCGAGGGAAGCGUCACCAGGUACGAGCAAACCGAGAAGUUUCCCGCGCACAUCCUGGAGAAAAUGCGCACACUCUCCGCCUUCCUGGCACAGUCGGGCAACACGUCAGAUCGUCACCCACAAGCACAUUAG